AUGGUGAUAAAAGUCUUUAUAGCGUCAUCCUCCGGAUCGACAGCGGUAAGAAAUCUUGAGUAUUGAGUAAGCAUUAUAGCCUAUUGACCGUUUAUGUUCAUUUUCUUAGCGAAUUCAAAGUAUUUGCAUUAGGUGUGUCGUACUCAUACAAGUGAGCUAUUGUGUUGUAGCUACGCAGAUACUAUCAUAUCAAAUGGAUUAAGCUUAAUCGAGUAUUGAAUGAGCAUGGACAUUCACUUGCUUUUGAAAGUUGUGCAAGUUGUGCAUGGGAUGUCCCGAGCAAUAGAGUAGAAGCUGGGACUGACAGCCGCACAAAUACAUUCGAUUCUAUAGGCUUCUCAUGCAUGCCAAUGCAUAGGCUAAUGUAAUUACCAUAAAACAAUGAUUUGAUAAAGAGGACCUUCAAUUUGUAGAUAUUGAUUUGUCAUAUGACUAUUAUUCUAUUAAUUUGUUUAUAUUGUUAAUAUAGUAUUAACAAAAAACGAUGAUUGUGUUGUAUCUAAAAGGCAUUUACAGCACAGUAUAAAAUCAGAAGAGGAUACAUAAUCACAUAUUUAUUGUCUGUAAGAAUAGCAGUCUCUUACUCCUGCUCAACCCCCUCUGUGUAAGAGUGCUUUUAUGAGUGAGCGUGCAGACAAGAAUGUUUAGGUAAAGCACUUGGUUAAACAGCUCAGAUUUUUUCAAGCAGCUGUUUUCGUCCAAAUGGCCUUGUGGUGAGGGUGAGGGGUCAAGCUUAACUAGACUCUCCCAUCAGAUGUUGACUCCCCCACCACUCCUUCCCUACAUACUGCAAAACAACACGCCUAGCCUAAAGGACCAUUGCCAGUGGUGUUCUGGGCCAGAACAGCUGGACAGGAUCAGUCUUAGGACAUCUGAGCUUCAUACCUCACACAAUUACAUCACUCUCUAAAGAAUCAGUCAAAGAGCACAACGGCUACAGAACGACUGCCUCAGCCAAGCUCUGAAUUAUCUGGUCUGAAAUGACGGAUAUUAUUGCUUACUGUGAUUUUGCAAGUCAAAACCAUGACAAUACAGAAAUGUUGUCUAUACAGGAUUUUCUAGACAGGCUUCUACAGUGCUAUGAACAAGUAUUUGCACCCUUUCUAAUUUUCUCUACUUUUGCAUAUUUGUGAUACUGAAUGUUAUCAGAUCUUCAACCAAAACCUAAUAUUAGAUAAAGGGAACAUAAGUGGACAAAUAACACAACAAUUACAUAUUUAUUUCAUUUAUUUCAUAAACAAAGUUAUGCAACACCCAAUUCCCCUGUGUGAAAAAGUAAUUGCCCCCUUACACUCAAUAACUGGUUGUGCCACCUUUAGUUGCAAUGACUCCAACCAAAUGCUUCCUGUAGUUGUUGAUCAGUCUCUCACGUCGCUGUGGAGGAAUUUUGGCCCACUCUUCCAUGCAGAACUGCUUUAACUCAGUGACGUGUGGGUUUUCAAGCAUGAACUUCUCAUUUCAAGUCCUGCCACAACAUCUCAAUUGGGAUUAGGUCUGGACUUUGACUAGGCCAUUCCAAAACUUCCAAUUUGUUGCUUUUUAGCAAUUUUCAUGUAGACUUGAUUGUGUGUUUUGGAUCAUUGUCUUGCUGCAUGACCCAGCUGCGCUUCAGCUUCAGCUCACAGACGGAUGGUCUGACAUUCUCCUGUAGAAUUCUCUGAUACAGAGCAGAAUUCAUGGUUCCUUCUAUUAAGGCAAAUCGUCCAGUUCCUGAGGCAGCAAAGCAUCCCCAAACCAUCCCACCACCACCACCAUGCUUGACCUUUGGUAUGAUGUUCUUACUGUGGAAUGCAGAGUUUGGUUUUCGCCAGGCAUUACUGGAACCAUGUCGUCCAAAAAGUUAUACUUUUGAAUCAUCUGUCCAUAGAACGUUCUUCCAAGAGUCUUGAUGAUCAUCCAGGUGCUUUUUGGCAAACUUGAGUCAACUUUUUGGAAGAGUGGGACAAAAUUCCUCCACAGCGACGUGAGAGACUGAUCAACAACUACAGGAAGCGUUUGGUUGGAGUCAUUGCAGCUAAAGGUGGCACAACCAGUUAUUGAGUGUAAGGGGGCAAUUACUUUUUCACACAGGGGAAUUGGGUGUUGCAUAACUUUGUUUAUGAAAUAAAUGAAAUAAAUAUGUAAUUGUUAUGUUAUUUGUUCACUUAUGUUCCCUUUAUCUAAUAUUAGGUUUUGGUUGAAGAUCUGAUAACAUUCAGUAUCACAAAUAUGCAAAAGUAGAGAAAAUUAGAAAGGGGGCAAAUACUUUUUCAUAGCACUGUAUGUGCAGCGCAGAGUUUAGACAGAACAGAAGUGGUUGCAUGGGAACACUGGGCUGUCCUCCUACUGCCAUAUUUGGUCUGUGCCUGGCUUCUGAGCUGAUCCUGCUUGCACAGAGGCCUUAUUGGGUCUGUCUCAGUCCUCAGGCUCUCCUAUAGAAUGCAGCCCAGCUGCAGAGGCUCUGCAAAGUGAAUAGAGGCUUAUCUCCCCAUACUCCACCCUUUAUUACACAUCAAAACAUAAUUAAAUUACCUAAUUAAAUAUCUCAUCCCCUUUCUGCCUGUAGAUUAAGAAGCAGCAGCAAGACAUCAUGGGUUUCCUAACUGUCAACAAGAUUGACUUUAAGGAGUGUGACAUCGUCACUAGUGAAGACAACAGGAAGUGGAUGAGGGAGAAUGUACCUGAGGACUUCAGACCAAUGACGGGGGUCCCCCUGCCUCCACAGAUAUUUAAUGAAGAACAUUACUGUGGGGUGAGUGUUGUACUGUACUGACCCCUUCACAGUGUAGUGAAGCUUACUGUCUGAAGCUGGUGAUGAGAGGUCAAAGGACAGUAUGCUAGCAACUGCAUAAUGAAGUAGAUUAUGCUUUGAUAACCAAAAGUGCCUUGUUCAUAUUUUUUCUGUUUAAUUAAAGGUAGACAUUCUCAACAUACUCUGUGAGAAUAUUGCAGCCCGGUACCUUUGUAGCAAUUUGUGUAAUAAUAAUAAAUAAUAAUACAUUUUAUUUUAAGCGCUUUUCACGACACCCAAAGUUACUUUACAAACACAAGAAAAUCAGCAGGGUAAAAAGCUAUAAAAUCAUAUAUUAAAAUAAGUAAGUAUACACAGAGUAUACCAAACAUUAGGAACACCUUCCUAAUAUUGAGGUGCACCCUCACCCCCUUUUGCCCUCAGAACAGCCUCAAUUCGUUGGGGCACAGACUCUACAAGGUGUCGAAAGCGAAUGUUGACUCCAAUGCUUCCCACAGUUGUGUCAAGUUGGCUGGAUGUCCUUUGGGUGGUGGACCAUUCUUGAUACACACGGGAAACUGUUGAGUGUGAAAAACCCAGCAGCAUUGCAGUUCUUGACACAAACUGGUGCGCCUGGCACGUACUAACACAAACAUAGGCACAGACACAUGCAUACACACACAUGAUAACAUAUGCACUAUACACACACGUACACAUGGAUUUUUGUACUGUAGAUAUGUGGUAGUGGUGGAGUAGGGGCCUGAGGGCACACAGUGUGUUGUGAAUGUAUUGUAAUGUUUUUACAAUUGUAUAAACUGCCUUAAUUUUGCUGGACUCCAGGAAGAGUAGCUGCUGUCUUGGCAGCAGCUAAUGGGGAUCCAUAAUAAAUACAAAAACAAAUACCAUACCCCGUUCAAGGCACUUCCUUUUUCUUGUCACCUCUUAAUGAACACUCAAUCCAUGUCCAUUUCUCAGCUACACUGAUUAAAGUGAUAUACGAAACAAUAAGGGAUCAAAGCUUUCAAGGGAUACUGGUCAGUCUAUGUCAGGAAAGAGUGUGCUCUUAUUUUUGUACAUCAGUGCAUAAAAGUAUACUACAAACAGGACAGCUAACCAAGGAAUACAAAGCAAACAACAGAGAAUCUGGGUAGCCUGUUAGAGGGUGUCUUUACUGUGGAUAGAAUAUGUUGGAUGUGAGGUUCUAAAGAGGAGGAGUUCCAAUUGAGCUGUACUCUAAACCCGGUCUCCCAUAGCGGAGCCUGGUUGCAGGGAUGGUGAGGAGGUUGUAAAGUCGUCUCAAAUAAAACUGUGAAGGACCUCGGCGUUACUCUUGACCCUGAUCUCUCUUUUGACGAACAUAUCAAGACUGUUUCAAGACAGCUUUUUUCCAUCUACGUAACAUUGCAAAAAUCAGAAAUUUUCUGUCCAAAAAUGAUGCAGAAAAAUUAAUCCAUGCAUUUGUUUACUUCUAGGUUAGACUACUGCAAUGCUCUACUUUCCGGCUACCCGGAUAAAGCACUAAAUAAACUUCAGUUAGUGCUAAAUACGGCUGCUAGAAUCCUGACUAGAACCAAGAAAUUUGAUCAUAUUACUCCAGUCUAGCUUCCCUACACUGGCUUCCUGUUAAGGCAAGGGCUGAUUUCAAGGUUUUUACUGUUAACCUAUAAAGCGUUACAUGGGCUUGCUCCUACCUAUCUUUCCGAGUUGGUCCUGCCGUACAUACCAAUACGUACGCUACGGUCACAAGACGCAGGCCUCCUAAUUGUCCCUAGAAUUUCUAAGCAAACACGCGGAGGCAAGGCUUUCUCCUAUAGAUCUCCAUUUUUAUGGAACAGUCUGCCUACCCAUGUGAGAGACGCAGACUCGGUCUCAACCUUAAGUCUUUACUGAAGACUUAUCUCUUCAGUAGGUCAUAUGAUUGAGUGUAGUCUGGCCCAGGAGUGUGAAGGUGAACGGAAAGGCUCGGAGCAACGAACAGCCCUUGCUGUCUCUGCCAGGCCGGUUCCCCUCUCUCCACUGGGGUUCUCUGCCUCUAACCCUGUUACAGGGGCUGAGUCACUGGCUUGCUGGUGCUCUUUCAUGCCGUCCCUAGGGGGGUGCGUCACUUGAGUGGGUUGAGUUACUGACGUGAUCUUCCUGUCUGGGUUGGCGCCCCCCUUGGUUUGUGCUGUGGUGGAGACCUCUGUGGGCUAUACUCGGCCUUGUCUCAGGAUUGUAAGUUGGUGGUUGAGGAUAUCCCUCUAGUGGUGCGGGGGCUGUGCUUUGGCAGAGUGGGUGGGGGUUAUAUCCUUCCUGUUUGGCCUGUCCGGGGGUUUCUUCGGAUGGGGCCACAGUGUCUCCGGACCGCUCCUGUCUCAGCCUCCAGUAUUUAUGCUGCAGUAGUUUAUGUGUCGGGGGGCUGGGGUUAGUUGGUUAUACUGGAGUACUUCUCCUUCUAUUCCAGUGUCCUGUGUGAAUUAAGUAUGCUCUCUCUAAUUCUCUCGUUCUCUCUUCUCUCUGAGAACCUGAGCCUAGGACCAUACGUCAGGACUACCGGGCAUGAUGACACCUUGCUGUCCCCAGUCCGCCUGGCCUUGCUGCUAUUCCAGUCAACGUUCUGCCUGCGGUUACGAAACCCCUACCUGUCCAGACCUGCUGUUUCAACUCUUAAUGAUCGGCUAUGAAAAGCACUGAGAGACCUGAGCCCUAGGACCAUAUCGGGACUACCGGCCGUGGUGACUCCUUGCUGUCCCAGUCCCGCCUGGCCUUGCUGCUAUUCCAGUUUCAACUGUUCUGCCUGCGGUUAUGGAACCCCCUACCUGUCCCAGACCUGCUGUUUUCAACUCUUAAUGACGGCUGAUGAAAAGCCAACUGAGAUUUAUUCCUGAUUAUUAUUUGACCACGGCUUGUCACUUAUGAACAUUUUUGAACAUCUUGGCAUGGUUCUGUUUUUUUUAAUAAUCUCCACCCGGCACAGCCAGAAGAGGUGACUGGCCACCCUCAUAGCCUCCGGUUCCUCUCUAGGUUUCUUCCUAGGGUUUUGGCCUUUCUAGGGAGUUUUACCUAGCCACCCCGUGCUUCGAACUACACCUGGCAUUACUAGCUGUUUUGGGUUUUAGGUCUGGGUUUCUGUACAGCAUUCGAGAUAUUAGCUCCCAAGCCAUGUGCCCCCCCCAAAAAACUUUUUGGGGUUGCCUCUCGUCCUUCCGACGAUGGCCCUGCUGACGCCGUUGCUCCUCUCUCAGUCGCCUCUCCACUGUUUUACUCCAUGGCCGGCGAUCCAUCCCAUCCAGGAUUUCCUCCCAAGUCCAAGACCCUUUACCAUCCAAAAUCUCCUCCCAUGUCCAGACCCUUGGCUCCUGGACACGCUGCUUGGUCCUGGGACGGUGGGUUUUUCUGUCACGAGCGUCUACUAAGUGAGUGGACCAAGGCGCAGCGUGCGAUACGAACAUGACUUUAUUCAAUUAAAGUACUCAGUGCAAAACAACAAACAAUGACGAAUCGUGAAGUCCUCAGUUACAAUGACUGAUACGGAACAAAAACCCACAACACUAAGGUGAACACUGACAGUUUAAAUAUGGCUCCCAAUCAGAGAUAACGAGCCGACAGCUGACACUCGUUACCACUGAUUGGGAGUCACACGACCAAACAAGGAAACACAACCAAAUACAACACAACCAAUACCAAACACAACCAAAUGAACACACCCUGGCUCAAAAUACACAGUCCCGGAGCCAGAGCGUGACACGUUCAAAGGCACUUCCAUAUUUUUUCUUGCCCAUUCACCCUCUGAAUGGCACACAUACACAAUCCAUGUCUCAAUUGUCUCAAGGCUUCAUCUACACUGAUUAAAGUGGAUUUAACAAGUGACAUCAAUAAGGGAUCAAAGCUUUCACCUGGAUUCACCUGGUCAGUCUAUGUCAUGGAAAGAGUAGGUGCUCUUAAUGUUUUGUACACUCAGUGCAUAAAGGUAUACUAAACAAAAGGACAGACUAACCAGGGAAGUGAACUAGACAGAGGAUAAAAGCUAAGACAACAGAGAAUCUGGGUAAGCCUGUGUGAAGAGGUGUGUCUUUACUGUGGACUAGAAUAUGUGUAUGGAUUGUGAGGUUCUGACAUGGAGAGGGAGGGAGUUCCAGAGUUGGGGAGCUGUACUUCUAAAAGCCCGGUCUCCCAUGGAGCGGAGCCUGGUUGCAGGGAUGGUGAGGAGGCCGGUGUCAGAGGAGUGCAGUGAACAGGUGGGAGUGUAGGGGUGCAGGAGGCCAGUAAGGUAUGUGGGCGCCAGUCCAUUAAGUGCUUUGUAGGUGAGCAUGAGCAAUUUGAAGAUGAUCCUAUAUUGAACUGGGAGCCAGUGGAGUUUGAUGAGGGUGGGGGGGAUGUGGUCCCGAGGUUUUGUGUGUGUGAGGACUCAUGCAGUCUGUCCAGUGUUUUGGCGGGGAGUCCUUAGAGAAUGGCGUUGCAGUAGGCCAGGCGUGAUAAAACAAAGGUGUGAAUGAGGGUUUCAGCAGUGGGGUCAGUGAGAGAAGAUCUGAGUAGUGAGAUGUUUUGAGGUGGAAGAAGGCUGACUUGGUGAUGUUCCAGAUGUGGGGUUCAAAUGAAAGAGUGGGGUCAAAUGUAACAAGGUUCCUAACAGUGGAGUUGGAGUGGCUUUUGUAGCCAUCUAUUGUCGUGUUGAGUUGACCCAGUUUCUUGAUGAGGGAGUUGGGGCCCAUGAGCAUGAUCUCUGUUGUAAUAACCUUAUGAAACAUACUUAGUGAGACAGCUGCCUUUGUGUUGUCGUUGCAGAACUAUGAGGCCUUCUUUGAUGCCCGUGAGGAGCAUGCAGUGUAUGCAUUCUUGGGCCUAACAGCCCCUCCAGGCUCCAAGGUAAAGACCAUGAUCUUAUGGACAUGCUCAAUCUGUCACAACCACACACAGAGGAACAUACUCAGGUGCAAGUGACCAGUCCAUCUAUUUUUAAUGAUUGCUUGUUUCCGCUACUACCAUGUAUUUCACAGCUCUGUUGCCCAACAUAGAGGCAAUGAAGGAUGACCUGCAGGUCCAGACUGUUCUUUUGGCUACUGUACUAUAUCAUUACAAUACUUACACACAAAUGUUCUGGUAAAAUUACAUACACCUUUUGGUGGAAGCAUAAUUACAAAUGGUCUCAAGCCUGGUGUUGUAUCAUUUUCUUAGCACUGCUUUCAUACCACCCACAGGAAGCAGAGGCCUUGGCCACACUGGAGCAACAGUAG